AUAGAGUCAAAAUUAUAUUGCCGUCAAGGUCUGUGUCCAUAUAGCUUUCUCUUCUAAAAGGAAAGAUUUGUCACAUUUUAGUCUUAGGUGUAUCUAUCUGAAUUGUGAUUUCUUCUGUCUUGUCUAGUAUCGAUGGAAAGCAACGACGAAGAAAAGGCCUAUGCUGAGUAUCGGGAACGAUCUCGUAACCUAAGUCGUUUCGAUGCUAUCGAACCUCCGCCGUAUAUGUGCGGCGGUAUCAGCCCCCUUCACAUAACUAAUGAAGUUCGGCGUAAUCUCACUCCCCUCUGCGAGCUUGCGUUAGACAAGUACAACACCGAACAGGGUACCAAUUUUGUGUUUGUUGACAUUCUCAAGUCAACCCAUCAAGGUGUUGCUGGUACUAAUUAUUUCAUGACCUUUCGAGCAAAAUCUCCAAACUGCCCUCUUGUAACUUUCCAAGCCUAUGUUUGGGUCAAGUUGCCCUGUUAUGGAGGACAGCCUGUUGUUCAGUCGUGUGCUAUCAAACCUACCUAAGCAACACAUACAGAUACACCAUGGUAAUAAUGUUGCAACAGUGUUAUGCAUGCUUACAUUUUAAUCUUGGUUAAUCAAUAUUUUCUAGAGACUUCAAAAUGCUGAAUCUUUUCUUUAGAACAUACUAAACUGAAGGAAGAUAUUUAAUAAGAAUUCAGCUUAAUGUUA